AUGUCUCCGUCUCUAUCUUCCCCAUGGCCUCAAUCACUAUGGCCUUACCGCUACACCUCCCUGACAUCUCAGCAGCUUCGCGAGCGGCGGGCACUCCUUUCGCUCCGUGGAAACUACGCACAGCUAUCUGCUCUCAUUCUGCUCCUGCUGCUCAGUGUUUAUAGACUUGCAACAACCAAAAUCGGGACGAUUGGUAUCGAGAGGAGAUCUACGCUAUUAUCGGCAUGGCUAGAUUCUCCAUUCAUGCAUGGCGCGACGGAGAUGAGGAGACAUUAUCUUGUUGCGGUGGGAUGGUUGGUAUGGUUAUUGGCGCUUUCCGCCUGGAAAACGGGCGACGUUAUGUGUGAACAUGAUCUAACAUCCAAGCAGGACUACCUUCAUCUUACUAAAUCCAUCGCCCAAACGGCCAUGGCCACAAUUCCUCUCCAUCUUCUUCUCUCCCCCAAACUCUCCCCAACUUUCAAUCCUUUCACUCAGGUCCUGUCACGACUUCUACACCUGCCCCAAACCUAUCUAACCCCCUACCACCGGCUCUUCGGCCGCCUCGUUAUUCCCACACUCCUCUCACUGCAUGCAUUCCUCUACAUAAUGUUCUUUGUGCAAAAUGGGUUGCUGGAGAAACGAUUGAAGGACGCUGAUGUGCAGUUCGGUAUUGUAGGAAUCCUAGUCAUGGGGGUUGUGGUGGGCAUGAGUAGAUGGGUGAAGGGAAGGGGGUCUAGUAAAAGGGCCUCGGGAUCAGUGUCAAGAGGUACAGCUUAUCUUUUACAUGUUUCGUUGGUUAUGGGUUUGUUGGCGGUGGUUUAUUGUCAUGUGGAGUAUGCGAGGAAGUUUGUGGUGCAAGCUGUAGGGAUUUAUGGGGUAGAUGUGGGAAGUUGGGUGAUUAAGAGGUUGUUGAGAGGGAUGUGA